CACAGACUGAACCACCCAAAAUAUAAAAGUUGAAGUAUUCUGAGUUGAGGAACUAAAGUCUCAUUUCUUAACAUAAGACGAUCAACCAUGUCAGUCAGACGCGUAUCUCUUCUGGUGAUUUUGCUCAUCUACACGGCAGCAACAGAGCAAGCUUUUCUCUCUGUUCUGGAAGGAGUGGAAGUCACUCUCCCAUGUAACAGUCUAAUGCCUGGCCAUGUAUCCUGUGACGGAAAUGACUGGCUUCUUGAUGGAGAAACCUUCACAGUGCUGGUCAGCAGAGGAAGCGUUAUCGUUGAUGUGGACCGACUGAGUGUGACCCCAGACUGCUCACUGGUUAUCAAGGCGGUGAAGACUGGAGAUGUUGGAUCUUACUACUGUAAUCACUCACUAUCAAAUAGGAACAGUCCUGAGGUGUAUCUGUCCGUGGUCACCAUGACUCGCUUGGAGACUCCAUAUGACACGACUCUGACCUGUCAGGUGUUCACUUAUUGGAACUGCGUUGAGAAGGUUCAGUGGCAUGUGCAGGGUCAACAUGUACUUGAUGGUCACCCGGGGUUGGAGACCACAUUGUCCUCCUGCAAAGCUGUGGUUCAUUUUCCUUCUUCAUCCUUCCUGAAGAAGAAAACCUUCACAUGUCAAGUCUCAGAUGACAAAAGAACUCAGGAGUUCUCCUUCAUUACGGCAGUUCCCAGCGACUCAUCUGUUGUGGUCUACUUGAUGCUGACGAUGCAUGCGGCUGAAAUUCUUCUAGUCACUGUGGUUAUUGCCCUUCUCAUUAGAGUGAUACGAAAUCAAAGAUCCCAUAACAACGGCCCAUUGAGAGCCCAUUGCGUAAUUGAGUGAACUGGAGAAUGCUGCCUGCUGAAAAGCCUCUGGACAAGAUUAUGGCCACAAGUCAAGAUUUUUUGGCACCAUUGAGGAAUGUUUCAAUGCUGAUUUCUAACCAUGUAGUAUUUCAAAUAAUCUGGAAAAUAGACCUCUAUGCACCUCCAUGACUCUCAGGUUUAGAGAACCUCAUUCAGGUCAGAAGAUUUGCUCAGCCACUGGAUUCCAGCAUCCAUCUUGUAUUUUGUUUGUCUCAUUCAUUCCUUCAUUAUGUGCUGUGGUGUGCUUCAUCAGGCGACUUUCCCUUUAUCUGUGCAUACUCCAUGACAUUGUAAAAUUACCUUCAUACGUUGUCAGGUGUGGGGUUCUUAACCUGGCCCACAGGAAUG